UACUGGUGGUAAGUUCAAUGAAGAUCAGCACGAAAAUUAUUGGAAUUAUAUUUUUAGCAAGACUUCUUAACGAAGUUGACGGAAAAGGAGAAAUUUCAGAUCUGGAAUCUCUGGCUAAGACCGAUGCUAAGUACACUGCCUUACUGAAAGAGAUAAAUGCCACUUUUCACAACAGACCGACGCACAUAAAGAAAAAUGCGGAAUUCGAGAAGAAUUUCCAAACCGUUUUAAUUGCUUUGAACUUAAGCAUGUACGACAUAGCGACCAAAAUUGAUAUCUACACUGAUUUUACAGUUUAUAAUCAAAUCCGAGUAGAACUCGAAAGGAAAAUAUUCAAAAAGAUACAAGUGGCGGAGAGACUUUUAAAGCUGGAAAACCUUUUACCAAAGUGUCGUACCUUUUUUGGGGAUCAGCAAUCGCUACUUGUCAGAGGUUUCUAUCAAUCGAACCUAAUGAAAUUGGAAAUAUUGCAUGAUCCGAGUCCAGAGUGUGAAAAUAUUGAACUGCAGCGAAUUUUCAUCGUGCCAACUUCAACAACUCCAAAGCCACAUAACUAUGAUAUAGACAUUGUAAAAACUUUGGUCAAAUAUCAUACGCGUCCAUGGGGAAAUAAGACAUAUAAGGAGUUCGACGAAAAAAUAUGGAUCCUUUUUAUGGCCAUAAACAGCGAAGAGCAAAAAUUUAAAAAGGAUGCAUUAGCCACAUUCAAUAAAUAUGACGAACAUCGCGCAAUAUUGGACAAAGCUUUGGCCUUCCGCAUUGGGGAAUUUACAAAGCAAAUACCGAAUGAAAAAAAUCCAUGCAAGGUACACCUUAUUCGCUUAAAAAAAGAAUUAGGACGUGCAAUGUUUGCAGCCAUUAAGAAAAAGCACGACAUUUUAGUCGAAUCGAAUUAUGUAAGGUCUUGCCUUAAUAAUAAUAGGAAAUUUUAUAAAGGCACAUAUGCUUUGAAUUAACA